AUGUCCACGCCCUCGGCCAAGCGGCGCCGCCUGGAGGACGCCCAGAGCGCCUUGCGAAAGCCCUUUCGCUCGCCCUUCAAGACACCCAAUCGAAAAGUUGAGCUCGAGAGGCCCAGCGCGGAAACGACGGCCAGCAGCACUGCUGUGCCCAGCCCGCUCGUGCAGAGCACUCUACCGGAUUCGUCGGCGACCCAAUCGUUCAACGAUUCCUCGCUCCGCACGCUGCGCAGUUCUCGCAACUCUACAACGCUGUCCACGCCGUCGCCUCUCGCGCGACGCACCGGCGCCCUCGGCCCCGACGACCCUCUCGAGACCGCCAUACGUGUCGAAGAGCGACGGCAGCGAGAACUACACAAACAGAUACGGAGUGUACGCACUGAGCUAGACACGCUCAGUCAAGCACUCAGGAUCGCAGCAUCGACCAAGGAUGCGGAGCUGGAAGCCUUGACCAGGAAAUGGCGCGAUGCAACCCGGGCCGCGGCGGAAGAUGUCUUCGCUACAACCAAGGACCGUGUGGACGGUAUGGGCGGGAUCGGCGUCUGGAAGCAGAGCGAACGGCGUCAGCACGAGUGGAGCCUGGGGUUCCAUGCUCAAGAAAACGAGCCUAAUCUGGACGAGAGCGAUGAGGACGAAGAUGAAAAUGCUGGACUGACACCCGAGGAGAAAGAAGCAAGACUGGUUGCACGGGAACGACGCGCAGAAGUAAGGGAAGAAGCAAAAAAGGAGCGCCAGUGGCGAGAACAGCAAGAGGCGGAGGCAGAGGCGUUGAAGCAGAGUGGUGCCGACGACGGCGGAGACGACGAUAGUUUCACGAUGGACAUGAUGCUCAAGGCGCUCAACAUUGACCCCAAGAUGAUCGGAUGGGAUAAAGAAGGACAGCGGUGGGUUGACUGA